GUUAGACAUCAAGGCCUUUGCAUGGGUGGGACCAGGUCAAUAAACGACGUCGUUUAUCAAUGAGUUGGUUUCAGUCAAAUUGGAGAAACCACCAUUUCUCCCUUUCUUACAUGGUGCCACUGUCACUCUCCUCUCCUCCUCUUCACCAAGUCUCUAAUUUUGCGCCUAAUCGGUAUGUUACUGAUUUAUGCUUUUGGGUGAGCAUUAAUGAUAAAUUGACAUCUGGAUGAUACUUCCUGAUUGAUUUUUUACAUAUUGUAAUUCAGAAUGUGGAGCUUUGCAUCAAAUUGCAUUGCUGGAACUGUGGGAGUGAAAAGUGAUUCUUCAAAGCCUACUCAUUCUACGUCAGAAUGUUCUGAUGACGAGACUUCUAUUAUAGGCAGAGAGGAAGGACUGGAAUGCCCAAUAUGCUGGGAAUCUUUCAAUAUUGUUGAAAACGUGCCCUAUGUUUUAUGGUGUGGCCAUACUCUUUGUAAAAAUUGCAUCCUUGGAUUGCAAUGGGCUGUUGUGAAAUUUCCAACACUGCCUGUUCAACUUCCUCUUUUUAUCUCCUGUCCAUGGUGCAACCUUCUAUCUUUCCGUUUAGUUUACCGUGGAAAUCUUAAAUUCCCUCGCAAAAACUACUUUCUUCUCUGGAUGGUUGAGAGCAUGAAUGGUGAUAGACUGAAAUCACAUUCACCUUUAUGUGGUGAUAACCAACAACACUCACUUAAAGACAAUUUAACCAUGGGAAGCCAGGUAAGCCAUGGAAACCAUCGGAGGGGGCAAGUCCGCCAUCCAGAGGUAUCAAAUUAUAAUCAAUAUCAUGGCAAUACUGGUAAUCUCCUCAAUAUGGAAAGACUCUAUGUUUAUUUUCGGAAGUCACUGUUGUUCUUUGUCCAGGUGACGGCAAAGUUCCCAUUGGUCAUUAUAUUUCUUUUGAUUGUCUUAUAUGCAAUACCGGCCAGUGCUGCCAUUUUGGCUCUGUAUGUACUUGUUACAAUUCUGUUUGCCCUCCCAUCUUUUCUCAUUUUGUACUUCUCUUAUCCUAGUUUGGAUUGGCUUGUCAGGGAAAUCAUCGCUUAAGAUUGUGAACUAGUACAGGCGCCAACUUUGCAAGCAUUAAGUCAACAACAUAUAUCUUCUACUUUGUAAUUAGUCGACAUCCCUUUUACAAGCUCUCAUUUAUCUUCCCAUUCAGGGUCACUCUCAAUCUCUGUAUACUUGAGUCUUGAUUUUAGCUUUAGUUGAAGUUGGCUAGUUGGUGGAACCAGGGCUGUGUGGUUGGGUAAUGAUAAUUGCUUGUGCCUUUUUCCUGGUGGCAAGUAUUUGUCUGAUUAUGUCAAGUUUUAUUUUGUAUGGAUGGACACAUGGAUGUUACUUCCAAUACAGCUUAUACUAUUAUGUUUCUUAAGUUGUACAUAGUAAUCUUGUUAUUUGUCUGCUAUGUAUGGAAAUACAUUCUGCAUAAUUUGAAAUUAUUGACCUUCCUCUCUA